CGCAUCAUUACAAUCGUGUGUCUGCUGGUUGGAUUGUGAAUUUUAUUUUUAUCCUAUAAAAUAGUAUCAUGGACAACGUGAAGCUUACAUACUUCGCCAUGAAGGGAACGGGUGAGGGUAUCCGACUUCUACUGGCUUACGGGGGACAGGAAUUCGAAGACAUCCAGAUAAAAUUAGAAGAAUGGAUGGAUUUUAAGCCAAAAACACCUCACGGUACACUACCAUUAUUCGAGUUCAAUGGCAAAUUGCACACUCAGAGCACCGCUAUAGCUCGUUUCCUUGGUCAUCGGUACGGACUUGCUGGAGACAACCUCGAAGAAGAUCUCCUCAUCGAUCAGAACUUUGACUUCUUCCUUGAUGUUCGCAUGAGACGUUCGGAAACACAGCAAUCUAAAUCCACUCAAGGGAAAUUACAAGAAUCUGAACAUCAUUUUGAAAAGAGAUCAGCGGAUUAUGAUGAAGAUGAUUUCGCUGAUGGUUUCGUUCAAGCACAACGGCCGUAUGAAAAUUCCUUCGAUAGACCGCACAGAAUCCGAGUGCUGCCAGGAUUUCUUCAUUGA